CCAAGACGCCAGGCGCAGCGUCUGUCCAUUUCGCUGUUUCAUGGUGAUAACGGUUAUCUUAUCAGUGUCUUUUUAGAGUUGUGCAGUUAUAUAAACACAGGAGAAUCCUUCUGCGUACAGUAUUCCAGAGGACUCCUUCUAUUAGCUCACACGAUAAUCCUGCUAGGUACCAUGCCGACCAUCACGGUAUAUGGUAACGACCUGAGCCCACCGGCGCGAGCAGCAAGGAUGGUAGCCGAAGCGGUGGGAGUGGACGUAGACCUCAAGAGGACCUACCCCUUGAGAGGGGAGUGCAAGAAACCCGAAUAUCUCAAGAUGAACCCAAUGCACCAGAUUCCAACCAUUGAUGAUGGAGGAUACUUUUUGUCUGACAGUCAUGCAAUAGUGACCUAUAUAGUGGACAAAUAUGCAAAGAAUGAUAGCCUGUACCCAAAGGACAUCCUGAAACGCUCUAUAGUUCAUGAGAGGCUGUUUUUCGACGUCGCAUUGUAUACCAAAGUUUUAAACUUUGUCAUAGCCCCUCUGCUUUUCAAAAAGGAGCCGAGUGACGAAUUGAGGGACAGUCUGAUAGACGGUCUGGAGACGACGGAGCGGUUCUUGACCACCAACAAAUUUAUUGCCGGGGACAGCUUAACCAUUGCCGACUACUGCUGCUACUGCAGCAUCACAUUUGUUGACGUUCCACAAAAGGGUAGAAUAGACCUCACAAAGUACAAAAAUAUCCAGAGGUGGAUGGACCUACUCCAUAAGACUAGUCCCUUGUUUAAGAAGUAUGACGAGAUAGCUGAGAAUGCGCUGAAAGUAUUUUUGCAGGAUGGAAAGUAUUAAAUAUCCAUUUGUUUUUCUUAAUGAGUAAAUACUGCACCUGUGGAAAUACUGUAUUGCCGUGCUAAAAGUGUGAGCAAUACUGUAACUAAAGAGGAGACCAAAAUAAAUUAGUAAUAUCUUGAUA